GACUGGAGCAUUCCUCCGGUGCUGGCGUCUUUUUAUAGGAACUCGGUCGGUCGCAGCCGCAGGCACGCGGCCACGGGCUCACGAAGAAACACACUCGGGUUGUGCGUGUGGGGGUUUUCGUCGGGGCGAGAUUACAACCCUCGGACACUGGUCGCUCGCCUCCAGGACAGCGGGGAGCCAGCUGAGCGUUCCGCUGGCGGCCAUGCACGCGGCCCUUCGACGCAGCUAGCGCGCACACUUCUCCUCCGUCGCGGCUGUCUGUCAUCCUCCCCCUGCGUGCGGCGUGGUUGAGCGCUCGUCGUGCCCUUGGCGAUGACGGCGGUGGAGAGCGCGGCGGCUGUCUACCAACAGCCGUCGCCGCCGGGCCAGCUCUUGAACUUGGUCUACCUGACGCUCGCCGACCAGACGCUGCACGCCGUCGACCAGGUCAAGUACAGCAUGCCGCCAAUGGUAGCCCCUUCUGCAUACUCUGGCGAAAGCUACUGUGGCGCGUACACCACGGCCGGAUACCCAAAUGGAUACUCCGAUGGCUAUUGCACGGAAUAUUCCCCUGGAGGUCCGUUUGCUGAGCUGUCGGAUCAAUUCUCAGAGCUCAGUAUUGGAGCAGGGGACCCUAGGUCGGCCAGGAAGCCUCCGCCAAACUAUCUUUGCCAUUUGUGUUUUUGCAAGGGGCACUACAUCAAGGACUGUCCACAGGCACGUCCGAAAGGGGAAGGCCUCACUCCGUACCAAGGCAAGAAGCGCUGUUUUGGCGAGUACAAGUGUCCAAAGUGCAAACGGAAGUGGAUGAGCGGCAACAGCUGGGCCAACAUGGGACAGAAAUGCAUCAAGUGCCACCUGAACGUUUACCCACACAAGCAGCGACCAUUGGAGAAGCCGGAUGGCCUGGACGUCUCGGACCAGAGCAAAGAGCACCCGCAGCAUCUGUGCGAAAAGUGCAAGUCACUCGGCUACUACUGCAGGCGUGUCCUGUAGGGGCUCGAGCGACAACAUCUCUCCGCCAAGCCUUUCCGGUGCCUCUGGAAAGCGAUUGCGCGCUUCCCUUAUGAGGAACGUUUGUUAUUACCCGAGAACGUCAUUUACGCAGAGCACUGCGCCAGUGUAUGUGUGUGCGUGCGGUGAUCGGUGGUGAGCCCAGGUGAAUCCGCUAGCGUGUCUGUAGGCUGCAUAACUGCAGCGUCUGUCAACGUGUGCAGAUGACCGAUGUUUCGAUCGCCGAAAGCCGUCAACUGCGGGUUAUUUGUUAUUUUUGUUAUUCUUAUCGAUGCUUACUGAAUGACCGGCGCUGUAUACUUCACACACCCCUUUCUCUUUUUCCGUGUUCCUCAUUUAAACGUGGUACGGGUGUAAUGCCCGAUUUUUUUUUACAUGUUGAAUAAUAGAAUUGGACCUGUUUACUCUGCAUUCACAUGACAGGGCGAAUUGCCGAUUCAUUCGUGGGCGAGCAUGACGUGGCUCAGUGCUGCCGACACACGCCGCACACAAGGACUGGGCAUAUGAGCUACUAGCGGAGCGAUUGUUUGCCGCUUACACUGUAAAGAAACCGUUAUUUGUCGGUCAUAAUACGGUGAUAACGUCCGUAAUAAAACAGGCAGUCGUUCUGUUAUGAGAUACACGUAAAUACACGUAAACGCACGGAAAUUUGCCCCGUCAGGCGUUGCACGGACGUUUCCUCAGUUAUUAUGUAAAACGGGAGAAAUGUUCUUUUUAUAACGCGAACGUUACACUCGUUAACUUAAAACCAAAUCAACGCCCGUUUCGCGACGCCAUGCAUGGACUG